CAAGAAGCGACAAGAUCUUUGAACAUCUGAAUUUGAGAGGAAGGAAAUAACGUCUAGGUGAGGUAGCGGUAUAACAUCUUCCACCGGCCCGACCAUCAUGGCUGAAGCGGAGCAACAACAAGUAGUGUCGGAACAACCUAAGGCAAUCCAAAAACAGAAGGAAGUAAUUGCAACUAAGGUAACUGGCACAGUCAAAUGGUUCAACGUCAAGAGUGGUUAUGGAUUCAUCAACAGAAACGAUACCAAAGAAGACGUUUUUGUUCACCAAUCCGCCAUAAUCAAGAAUAACCCGAAAAAAGCUGUCCGCUCUGUAGGGGACGGUGAAGUCGUGGAAUUUAGUGUGGUAGUAGGGGAGAAGGGCAACGAAGCUGCCAAUGUAACGGGUCCCAACGGCGAACCAGUCAGAGGUUCGCCCUAUGCCGCAGACCGCAGGAGAGGAUACAGGCAAUGGUACUACCCGAGAGGCGGGCGCAGGCCUAGAGGAGGGUCCAGAGGUGGCCCUCCGAGAGAGAGCCAGAGCGAAAGUGAAAUUAAGGAUGGGGCACUUUCGGGCGGAGAAGGCGGUCCUCCAGGCCCGCCUCGUCGUUAUAGACCGAGGCGUGGACGAGGAGCAUAUGGAGGAGGCGGUUACUUCAGAGGACCCUACCGAGGGCCCCCUGGAGAGCAGGAUCAGAGUAACGGAGACGCUCCACGCGGUCGCGGACCUCCGAGAAGAUUUUUCCGCAGCUUUUCCAGAAACUUCCGUGGCGGCAGAGGCGGAGGAAUGCGUGCACGAUCUGAGGACAGCCAGGGCCAGGCUGGAGAGCAGCAGAACGGUCAGGAUGGACCCCGUGGACCACCGCGUCAGCGUUACAGAAAACGCGGACCACCACGUCCACGAGGCGGAAACUCUCAGUCGGAGUCUGGAAAUCCACCAAACCCCAAGGCUCCUGAAUCCACUGCACCUGAAAACACUGAAGAGAGUCAGGCAGUGCAGAAUACAACUACAGAAAGCAGUGCUUAAGCGUUAUCGCGCUCAAGUCCAUCAUCACUAUUAUAAUCAUAUGUUAACAACGUUUAGCGCGUGAGUUUGUAAAAAUGGCAGACAAAAGGCGUUUCAUGGCGAUUUUAAGUGUUAUUUAAUUAAUUUGGUGAUCAGCAACAAGGCGGCAUACAGCAGCCCGGUUUGACGCUUGCGCUUCCAAAGAGAGUUGAAUAUACAUUUUUGAUACUUUUUAUAUUCUCAUCGAUGUUUGCAUAAGGAUCAUUUGUAUAAAUUGGACAAUGUAGAUAUAGAGUGUAACUCGUUUGAAAGCGGCGACAAACCGAUUCUUUUUUCGUCAGCUCGUCCGUGAAGCGUCUUAAGACCUUAUGUCUUGCUGCAAAAAUGAUUUUUCCUUCAUAACAAUUAAAGUAAAAAAAAUUAAGAAAACGCGGCGCCCGUUCCAAGACAGACGACCAACCCGUCGCGGGGGCCGUACCCAAAAAAAUUGAUUGCAACAAACAUCUAACUUGAAAGUCUCUCUUCCCGAUUGCGAGCAAAGGGGGAGAAUCAUAAAGUUGAAAAAAAUACAAAAAAAUCCGUAAAAUGUAAAAAAGGAACAGUUCGUUUCUCUUGGAUAUUACUGUCGCAGUGAUUUCUAGAUUGGUUUUUUUUAGCCAUCCUUCUCGAUCGCUUUGCGAUGGUAGUUUUGUAAAUUCUGGUAUUUCUCGGGUGCUAGUCAUUAAGUAAAUGAAGCUGUACAAAUUCUUUUUUUGUACAAUGUAAUUUGAGAUACUUUUAAAUAUCAUAGGUGUAUAAUUCAAAUUUUUUUUCAUUGAUUUUUCUAUUUUUUUUUUUUCAUUAUUUUGUACAACUGAUAUAAACGGGAAAUAUAUAACUGUUCUUGAGACAAAAA